AUGAAAGACUAUCACCUCAUAAUAGAAAAGAAAGAGGAUAUUGUCAAGUUUCGAGUCAUUGAACCCGAUAAAUGGGCCCAUUAUAAAGUUCCUGGUAUCAGUUUAUGUGUGUUAGGACUUUCCUACGGAGUUUUUCGGUACAAUAAUACCCAAGAUCUUAUGGAUUCCCUAUGGAUAGUACUACCAUUGGUCAUGAUAGCUAUAUUGUUAUGCAGACAAGGUAGGGAAGACAGUAUGAUGAUAAUCAAAAACAUAGGAGUUCAGCUUCAUUCCCAAACCCACUGGAAGUUUGUUAAAAGUGAUAAAAACCUUUUUGUUCCCCUUACAAAUAUAAUUGAUCUCGUGAUUCAUGAAGGGUUCUAUGGUUAUGGGAAUGUCAUCUUCUAUAUGUGUAUACUAACAAAGAACACCAACGACAACGAGAUGAUUAAGAUUGUGUUUAGUCAGCUUUUACCUAGGAAAGAAAUGUUGGUGGACAUUUGGAGGGAGAGUAGACAGGUGAUGUUUAGUGGGAAUAGGCAUUGGAGGAGGAUACCAGGACAGGGUUUGAGACCUGUGGUGUGA